AUGGCAUCCGGCAAGAAAACGAAACCCACCCUCACCGGCGUGCCGGAGACCCUACUCGGCACAAUGGUGUCCAAAGCCAUCGACGCCGCCAGCCCGUCGCCGAUCCUCAGGGACACUUGGGCAGCCGAGAUGGUGACGAGAAUCGAUUAUGACUUUGACCGUCUGGAAGUGCCUGGCUGGAUGCAGGCCUGGGCGGUCCUGCGCAGCCGCGACUUUGACCGCUGGACGUCCGAGUUUUUAGACCUACAUGCCCACUCGCCCAACGGCGCCACGGUGCUGCAUGUUGCGUGCGGCUUGGACACUCGCGCGCUGCGUUUGCGGCAAUACUUCUCCCGGAUGCCGUUGCGCUGGAUCGACGUUGACCUACCAGACGUCGUCGAGCUGCGCAAGGAGCUGGUGCCGGAUCCUCUUGUCAACAGAAACGGCAGUACCUACGAGAUGCAAGCUUUGUCGGCCACAGAAGCUGGUUGGUACCGGGAUAUACCGGCCGACCGCCCAACGGUGAUUGUGAUUGAAGGGCUGAGCAUGUACCUGGCCGAAGAGGAAAUGCGACAGUUGGUACAUGGGCUAGUAGACCACUUCAGACAGGGGCAGCAUCAACAUGGCCAUCUGCUGUUUGACGCAACCAAUUCCUUCGUUAUGGCGGCGCAGGGUUGGCUAAAACCUAUUGUCAAAUCGGGUAGUAGGUUCAAUUGGGGGUUAGAUAAUCCCCUUUCUAUAGAGGCAUGGGCCGAGGGCUUGACCUUGAGGGAGGAGUUAUUGCUUACUGGUCGGCCGCUGAUCAAAGAACUACCGUGGAGGGUUCGAGUUCAGUUCGCUGUCGCUGCUAGCUUGCCUUGGUUCUACGACUUCCAACGGAUGAUGAGGUACAGUUUCUAG